UGAUAACCGAAUUACAAUAAAUACAUCGCGUAUCUGGAAAUAACAAAUUCAGUGUUCUAACAACUUUAGUUCAGUUUACAUGUGAAGAAAGUGUCAUGGCUGAAAGUAACGUCAUUACCACGCGUUCAUUGGGAACAGCUGUUGAGGGAAUUAGAGAUCAGUAUGCCGACGGAAAAGCAGCAAAACUAUGGGAGAUUUUCAUAGGUGAUAAGAAGUCUAGAACGCUCAACUAUAAAAACUUUCUUGUCGGACUUUUGCGGAAGAAAGGAUGUAGGAGAAUUUUAGAUGUGGCAUGUGGAACAGGAUAUUUAGGGUGUUUGAUAAUUUUUCAUAUUGCAACCCCAAUUCGACCACAUGUUCAAUUCAACACUAACAAAAUAGUAUUCGAAGAUUUCCGCAGUAAUUUUCAAUCUCUAUUAUUUUCAGUGAUUGAGGAAGCAAACUGGUUAACACUCUAUGAUGACAUUGAGGAUUAUCUUGGAAAUGGUUUCGAUGCCGUAAUUUGCUUAGGGAACUCAUUUGCCCAUUUGUUGGACAAUUUCGGAGAUCAAAGGGAACAAAUGCAAGCACUCAGGAAUUUUGAAAAGUGCGUUAAACCUGGUGGGCUACUACUGAUAGAUCACAGAAAUUAUGAUGACAUAAUCGACUCCGGGAGUACAGCUACGAAAUGCAUAUAUUAUAAUAGUCUGCAUACUACUGAUAUAAGGACGUCAGUUUUAUUUGUUGGUCGAAAACCAGCACUAGUCACUUUGGAUUACUUCAUUGAUACCUCAUCAACAGAAGAAGAGAAAAGUGACACAAUCAGUGAAUUUGCCAAGAGUGAAUUCCGUUUGUCAUACUAUCCACAUCGCCUGGAAGUAUUUAAAACAAUGUUGAGGAAAGCAUUCGGCGAGAACUCGGAAUAUAAAAUAUAUGGAGAUUUCAAAAGUUUGGAAGAAGUUGAGGUUCCGAAUUUUUAUAUCCAUGUGGUCGAAAAAUCCGAUAUGGAAUUCUGAUAAUAAAUGAAAUUAUUUUUUACUAAAUCGGUAAUCAUUCGAAUAUUACAUUAUUUUCAUAAUAUAUACAAUAGGAACUUCUGACUUGAAA